CAAAGUGCUUCAUGCCCUUCAUCCUCCAUUCAAAUAACUGCCCCUCAUAGCUUGUAGUUACAAAGCAACAAUGACAGCCUUAGCAGAGAGGCUUUCCAACCAGUUUGUUCCUUUCCAUGUACUGUUUGUCUUUGUCAUGAUCUUUGCAUUCUUCUCUUCUUUUGAUCCUACUGCUUAUGCUUCUUCUGCAACUAGUAAAGUUGGAGCUGAAGUAGAGGCUCUCUUGACGUGGAAAGCUAGCCUUGACAGCCAGAGUCAAUCUCUCCUUUCACCUUGGAAUGAAAGCGGUCAUUGCAACUGGGUUGGAAUUGGAUGCAACAAGGCUGGCAGAGUCACCCAUAUAGACCUUGAGAGUUACGGUUUGAGAGGUACACUUUCCAAUCUUAGCUUCCCUUCCUUUCAUCAUCUCCUUAGCCUUAAACUUUACAACAACUCAAUCUAUGGGACCAUCCCCUCACAAAUCGGUAGCCUUUUGAGACUCACCAAUCUUAGUUUGUCCAACAAUCAUCUUUCAGGAACAAUUCCAUCAGAAAUAGGAAUGCUCAGUUCACUCAUUUAUCUCUCUUUGUGGUCUAAUAGACUUAUAGGUUUAAUACCUCCCUCUAUAGGAAAUUUGGGCAAUUUAACAGAAUUAUACCUGUUCGAUAACCAACUUUCGGGACCCAUACCCCAUGAAGUUGGGAUGCUAAGGUCUCUCUUUGUUCUUUCAUUAUCAUGGAACAAACUUACUGGAUCAAUCCCUCAAGAAAUUGGAUUGUUAAGGAGUCUCACUGAUCUCCAGUUGUCAACAAACAAUCUCACAGGUUCAAUACCUUCUUCUAUUGGGAACUUGGGUAAUUUAACCAUUUUGUACCUUCAUGAAAACCAACUUUCCGGAUCAAUCCCUCAAGAAGUUGGGUCGUUAAGGUCUCUUAGUAACCUUUGUUUGGAGUAUAACAAUCUCACAGGUUCAAUACCUUCUUCUAUUGGGAACUUGGGUAAUUUAACUAUGUUGUACCUCUAUGAAAACCAACUUUCCGGAUCAAUCCCUCAAGAAGUUGGGUCGUUAAGGUCUCUCAGUAACCUCUGUUUGGAGUAUAACAAUCUCACAGGUUCAAUACCUUCUUCUAUUGGGAACUUGGGUAAUUUAACCAUUUUGUACCUCUAUGAAAACCAACUUUCCGGAUCAAUCCCUCAAAAAGUUGGGUUGUUAAGGUCUCUUAUUGAGCUUGAUUUGUCAAAAAACAAUCUCACAGGUUCAAUACCUUCUUCUAUUGGGAACUUGGGUAAUUUAACCAUCUUGCACCUCUGUGAAAACCAACUUUCCGGAUCAAUCCCUCAAGAAGUUGGGUCGUUAAGGUCUCUCAGUAAGCUCUGUUUGGGGUCUAACAAUCUCAUGGGUUCAAUACCUUCUUCUAUUGGGAACUUGGGUAAUUUAACCAUUUUGCACCUUUUUAAAAACCAACUUUCUGAAUCAAUCCCUACUUCAAUAGGGCACUUGGGCAACCUAACAGUGUUGUAUCUUUAUUACAACAAACUCACAGGACGCAUUCCUUCAACAAUUGGGAAAUUGAAGAACCUCAAAUUUCUUGCUUUCGCUGAAAAUCAUAUAUCUGGGUCCAUCCCUCCUGAGUUAGGAAAGCUGAAAUCCCUUAUUUAUCUAAACUUGUUGGGGAACAAACUCACUGGCUCCAUUCCUUCAGAAUUGGAAAACCUUACAGAUUUACAAUUUUUUGAUAUAGCUGAUAACAAUCUCACAGGUCAUCUACCGCAGAAUAUAUGCCUUGGUGGAUCACUUAGACAUCUGUAUGCAUCAAACAAUAGUUUAAUAGGUAGUAUCCCAAAAAGCUUGAGAAAUUGCAAGCCUUUAAUUCGAGUGACACUUGAGCGAAACCAACUCACAGGGAACAUAUCUGAAGACUUUGGGGUUCUCCCCAACUUGGUUUAUAUUGAUCUGAGUUAUAAUAAUUUCUAUGGUGAGCUUUCGCAAAACUGGGGGCGCUGCCACAAUUUGACUAGCCUAAAGAUCUCCAAAAAUAAAAUCUCUGGAAAGAUAUUGCCUGAGCUUGGAGAGGCAACUCAGUUACAAGUACUUGACCUUUCUUCUAAUCAUCUAGCUAGAGAGAUCCCAAACAAUUUUAGGAAGUUGGACUUGUUGUUUGACCUUAAACUGAGCGAUAAUAGACUUUCAGGAAACAUUCCAGCAGAAUUGGGCAAGCUAUCCAAUCUGGAACAUCUAAACUUGGCGACAAACAAACUUAGUGGCUCAAUUCCAAGGCAACUUGGGGAGUGUGUGAAGCUACGAAACUUAAAUCUGAGCAAAAAUCUUCUCAGUGGUGGUAUUCAAACUGAAAUAGGUAAAUUGCAGUUUCUUCAAACUCUUGAUCUUGGAAACAAUUCAUUAACAGGUGAGAUUCCAGAACAGAUUGGGGAAUUGCAAAGCUUAGAGAUAUUAAAUCUUUCCCACAAUAGUCUGUUUGGUUCCAUUCCAUCAUCUUUCAAUGGGAUGCGAAGUUUCACAUCUAUUGAUAUAUCUUACAAUCACUUGAAAGGUCCUCUGCCCAACACCAAAGCCUUUCAAGAUGCUUCAUUUGAGGCAUAUAAAGGUAAUGAUGGUCUGUGUGGAAAUAAGACUGGUUUGCUGCCAUGCUCACCUAAAAUGAGCAAUGGGGUUAUGGGGAAAAGGAAUAACAAAGUUGUACUUUUGGUUAUAUUUUCGGUUUUGGGCAUUUUAUGUCUUGUGGUUGUUGGGAUUUUUCUGGUUCAUUGCAAAAGAGUAGGAAACAUAGAAAAUGUGCCUGAAGGAGCAACUAAUGAAAAUUUGUUUGCAAUAUGGAGUUAUGAUGGGAAAAUGGUGUACGAAAAUAUCAUUGAAGUGACAGAGGACUUUAAUGCCAGACAUUGCAUUGGUGUGGGAGGAUAUGGCACUGUUUACAAAGCCAAGUUGCCAAGUAAUCAGGUUGUUGCUGUGAAGAAACUUCAUUCUUCAGAAGAUGGGGAGUUGGCUGACCUAAAAAGCUUUACAAGUGAAAUUCGUGCAUUGACAGAGAUACGACAUCGUAAUGUCAUAAAGCUUUAUGGUUUUUGUUCGCAUCCACGACACUUAUUUUUAGUCUAUGAGUUUUUAGAAGGGGGGAGCUUGGAAAGGAUAUUGAGUAAUGAUGAAGAAAUAUUGCAUUUUGAGUGGACUAAGAGGGUGAAUGUUGUUAGUGAUUUGGCAGAUGCUUUGUCAUACAUGCACCAUGAUUGUUCGCCUCCGGUCAUUCAUCGCGACAUAUCAAGCAAGAAUGUUCUGCUAGAUUCAGAAUACGUGGCUCACAUCUCUGAUUUUGGCACUGCUAGACUUCUGAAGCAUCACUCAUCCAAUUGGACUUCAUUCGCAGGAACCUUUGGAUAUGCCGCUCCAGAACUUGCUUACACAAUGGAAGUGAAUGAGAGGUUGGAUGUUUAUAGCUUUGGAGUUUUAACGCUGGAAGUGUUAAUGGGGAAGCAUCCGGGCGAUCUCAUCACAUCUGUUUCCUCAUCACCACCCACUGCUCACGAUAUAUUGUUGAAAGAUAUAUUGGAUUCACGCCUCCCACCUUCUAGGACUCAUGUGGAAAAAGAAGUGGUCCUUGUGGCAAAGCUAGCAUUGGCUUGUUUACACACCAAUCCACAGUGCCGACCAACAAUGCGACAAGUUUCUGUGAUUCUAUCAAAACAGAGUCCUCCCCUGCAGAAUUCAUUCCACUUGAUUUCAUUAGGACAACUCAUUGAUGUCAACUGCUCGACAUCCUGAGAAUUCUCAUUUUCCUCUAUUGUUUUGUGUUUUUGUUCUCCCAUCUCUACUUUGAAAUUUUGAUUUUCAUUCUGUGUUCAUAGUCUAAAAGACAUUGAAAUACUGAGGUCACAUAGCACUGCAGGCAGCUAGCUGCUUGAGAGCGGCUGUGAGGUACAGAAUUUUGGUUUCGAUUGCUAGUUCUGGAUGCCUGCUCUGCUGAUUAUGUGUGGUUUUAAAUAAAAUAAAAAAAAGCAUUGGAUUUUGAGUGGACUAAGAUAGUGCAUUUGAGUGAUAAAUUUUAUAGGGAUAUUAGUCAUAGUGAAAGGCUGAUUUUGUUAUGUGGUGGCCAUGUUUUUGUAGUUUAAGGUAGGAUUAUUAUUUUUAUUUAACGUUGACAAACUGUAUUGUACACUUUCUAGAGUAGCACAUUCUUUCAUUCUUAACUCCAAUGUUCAGUCUCUCUUUGUAGAAUCAAAAUUUUCAUGAACUUGUAAAUGGCGCUGUUUGGACUUGUGUAUUACCUCCUUUCAGUCUUUAGCUUUAUGUAUCUGCUCGUUGAAAUAUAAAGACCGCAGUUUCGAGUGCAGCUUUGGGGGAGUGGGUUCUAAUAUGUGGGUGAAUUGCCAUUGCAAAUUAAGGAAUAUCCAAUGCAACGGUUUCGAUCAAUCGUAACCAUGGAAAGGGGUGGAGCCAUGAGAGUAGUAGCGAAGGUAGUUGGAAUCACCAUCGUGAAUGACGAUCUUUGCGGCGUCCCGUCGGUAUCUCCGGCGGAACAUCAAGUCAGCUCAGCCACUCACAGAGCCAGUCGUCCUAUCUCAUUUAUCAUUGCUUCUUCCGAAGAGGUGAAUCGGAACAUCUUGACAACUUUUCAGAACAAUCCAAUCGACGCUGCGUCGUAGAGGUUGUGUUGGGAGCUCGACGAUUGGGAGUUGAAAGUUCUGUUGAGUGCUUCGAAAGUUAAAAUCAUAAAUAUGGCAAAUAUUUUUUGAUUGUAUAAAUAUAUAUAUAUAUAUAGAGAGAGAGAGAGAGAGAGAGAGAGGUCGGACAUGGGAAGAAGGAAAUUGAUGAUGUGUACCCUUCUCUCCAGUAGAAUCCCACUCUUUUUAUUGUGUUUGUGAAUUGUGAUAAUGUGCAUAUAUAUGAGUCAACUGAUUUCUUGUAAAAAAAA